AUGAGUUUGCCCCCAAACGCUCUCCGCCAGACCUUUCACAGCCUUAAGGGCGUUCCACGGGCCCUACACACCCGAACCCCACAUGCCCCCCUCGCCGCGCUCCGCCCGCUCGUGACGUACCCGGGGCCGAGCCGACAAUUCGCACCGCGGUCCUGCUCCUCUCCAUUUUCGAGCUACUCGACCGUUUCCAGUUCGCGGAAUGAUGAUAAACACAAAGAAAAAUUCUACUUCGGAUCCAAGCCCCUCGGGACCCCGCUGGCUAUGAGCUUCGAGUCGCUCGGAAUUCGCCGGAACACACAGCUGCUUGUCAUCUUUGUGUUGACCAUCGGCGCGUUCUUGGAGGCGCUUCUCUGGGGUGAGAAGGUAUGGAUUUGGUGGAAGGGGGAAGAGGGAGAUUCCCUGGACUAG